UAUAACCGAAGGUUUCAAAAUCAAAUUUCAAAACAAAGUUGGCAAUCAGUUGGCAAUAAGCAAAAUUUUGUUCUUCCCCGAAUUCGAUCAAGAAACACAAUCAGUCUCUGCAGCAGAAAAUGUUCAUUUUUUCUUGGAAAUAAGUCAAAGAAGGCAAACAACUUCUGCGGUGGGCUGAAAGCUAUAAUCGAAAUUGAAGGAGGAACUUCCCAAGCUGACAUUUGCUUGAACAAAAACCUAAAAAAACAGACUGUUUCGAACAUAUGGAUUAAUCGGGAAAAAAUUAAUAAUGAUUGGAAAGUCAACGACAAGAGAAAAAAAUAAGAUUUGCGACACAUCCUCAAGUUGAUGAAUUACUGUUUAAAUGGUUUCAGCAGAAAAGGGCCAAUAAUUUUCCAGUAAAAAGUGGCAUAACAUUUGCUUCGGCAAAAUUUGUGGUGAAUCGGCUUCUGUGGACCAAAGUGUUACAAAUUACUGGCUAUUACAAACCUGGCCUACAAUAAGUAACAACUAUUCCGUAGACAACAUUUUUAACGUGGACGAAACGGAAAUUUUCUAUAAGAUGCUGCCUGACAAAACACAUAAGAUCAAAGGUGAAACAUACAGUGGCGGAAAAUGUCUAAAGAAGAAUAACUGCCAUGAUUUGUGCUAAUGCAUCGGGCACGGUAAAACGGAAAUUAUUGGUUAUUGGAAAAUAUAACAACCCCAGAUGCUUUAAAAACGUUAAAACGUUGCCGGUAGAUUAUUGUGCUAACAACAAAUCCUGGAUGACUUCUCAGACCUUUACUGACUAUUUAAAGAAAUGGGAUUGUGAACUUAUAAAAGCCAAGACUAAAAUUUUGCUAUUAGUAGAUAAUUGCUCUGCUCAUCCUCAAGUUCAUCUUCAUAACAUUAAACCACAUUUUCUUCCGCCUAAUAUUACAUCGGUUCUUCAGCCUAUGGAUCAAGGCGUCAUUAAUAGCUUGAAACAAUCUUAUAGAAAGCAGCUUCUGAUGAAAAUUAUGGACCUUCUUGAAGAAGCAAACCCGGCAAAAGCUGUGAGUCUUUUAGAUGCUGUCAAUAUGUUAAGUGUUGCAUGGGAAAGUGUCUCUAAGGAAACCAAUGGAAACUGUUUUCGACAUGCUGGUCUGGUAAAAGACAUUCCUGAUGGAUUAAAUUUCGCCCCGGAGGACGAUGAACCUUUAAGCAAAAUUAUCGAAAUUAAUAACGUAGUGGUUUUAAGCAAGUUUGAUGAAUAUUCAAGGAUUGAUAAGAAUAUUAUAACCACAGAAGAACACUCAGACAAUGACUUAAUUCAAGACUUUCUGCAUGAGCUGCUUGAAGAAGACUCCGGUGGUGAAGAUUUAGCACAGCCCGAAACUAUAAUAAAAAUAGAAGACGCUACGAAUUAUUCUAGGAAACUGAAGCUAUAUUUUCAACAAAAAGAGAAUAGUUCAGAUGCAAUCAAUUUGCUCAAUAAACUCGAAAUCAAACCACAAAGAGAUUUUGCCAAUAAGGCAUUCACCCAAAAGAAAAUCACUGACUUUUUUCAAAAGACUUAA